AUGAGCCAAGAUGCUGUCAAAGCGACGAAACCAAUUGUCGGAGGUCAGGUCUCGGUGGGUGUUGGAUUUCGAACGGGGUCGUCAACGACGGGUAUGUCUUCCAGCAAGCUACAAUGCUUUAACAAGAGGCGUCGAAAGCCCGUAAGAAGUCACCGUCAAGAUGUCCAAUCAAGUCGAAUGUGUAAUGAAGAUUCAGUUCGUCCCGAUUUCGAAGUGUCCCAAGAUUGCCACGUUAUUUUCUCAGAUCACAAAACGAAGGCGACUCUUGAGAUGGUGAAUGGCGCCUCAAAUGGAAAAGAAACUGCAAAGAGUGCACAGCAAUCGAAACGUGAAUGGUACAAACAAGAGUUGACCGGCUGUCGAACAAUCACGUCCGCUUCCUGGGGCAGGCCACGAAUGGUACGAGCGAGGACCCGCCCUGUUUUGAUCUACAAUAGUAUAAAAGCCGAGGAUGUUCUGUUUCUGAAGCGCUCAAUGCGAUUUGUGUAA